AUGUCGGAUUCUCCAUGGAACGUUGCUCCUGUGGCUGGUCAGGAGCUACCUCAAGCUGCUAAGCCCACUCCCGCCCAUUCAAAGCAUGCCAAGAAAGAGGAGAAUGUGAUCUGGAAUGCUGCCCCAAAGCCAAACGCCAGCGCAGCCGAGAAGGUCAAGGACAAGACGCGAAAGGUGGUAGAGGACGCUAAGGACAUUACAGCAAAGGUGACGAGCACCGUGGAGGGAUACAAGAACGAUAGCGUGGCCAAGGUGAAGAAGAUGAAGGAGGAGCGGAAGGCGGCCAAGCACGAGAAGAAGACGGACAAGAAGAAGGCGGAGGAGUCUGCUGGUGCGUGCGGCUGUAGUUGCACCGUCAUGUGA